AUGGAGUCUGCCGACGCGACGAAAGCCGACGAGCUGUACAACGACAACACGUUUGACCGUCGCGAGCUCCUGGCGACGCUCAAAGCAAUGCACGCGGCCCAUCCCGACGACGUCGGCGUCCUCUGGCGACUCACGCGCGCCGCGUACGACGUGUCGAACCUGCGCGCGACGAGCGCCGACGAGAAGAAGGCGCUCAUUUACUUUGCUCACGACGUGAUCCAGAGAGGUCUCGAGCGAACGCCCGACGCCGCUGCAGUGCACGUCUGGUACGGCAUCAUCUUAUCGUCCAUUGGCGACUACGAAGGCUCGAAAGUCUCGAUCGCGAACUCGUUUGUGAUCAAGCGGCACUGGGAAACCGCCGUGCAGCUCAAGCCGCACGACCCGAUCGCCUACUACCUCCUCGGCCGCUGGUGCGUGGCCAUUGCGGACCUGUCGUGGCUCGAGCGCAAAGCAGCGGCUGCGCUCUUUGGCACGCCGCCUGACGCGUCCUAUGACGAGGCGCUCGCGUUUCUCCUCAAGUCGGAAGCGCUGGCGCCCACGACGUGGAAGGCGCGGGCGCUGCUGAUUGCGCGCGUGUAUGACAAGAAGAAGGACCGUGGGAAGGCGCGAGAGUGGGUGGACAAGGUGCUUGCGGCUCCCAGUAGCACGGAAGAGGACGAGAGUGUCCACGCCGAGGCGCAGGCGCUCUUGAAGAAGCUCGUCAAUUGA